CAGUUACCGAUGUUUUGUUUCCCGGUGCUGUGAGGCAUUGUACUGAACCAUCCUUAAAAUAAACCAUCAUCUUUCUUUUAUAUUCAACUUGAGUAUUCAUUGAAGAUGAGUGAAGAAAGAAGAAACCCAACAAUGGCCAUAAGAUAUGAACGCUCGUCAAGAAGAACGUCCCCUUCAGCAGCAGGAGGAUCCACAGCCCCCCCACAUUAAAGAGGAAGAGGAGGAAGUGUGGAUCAGUCAGGAGGGAGAGUGUCCUGUAGGGCAGGAGGAGGCUGAUGUCAGCAAGUUUCCACUGACUGUUGUCUCUGUGAAGACUGAAGAGCAUGAAGACAAACCACCUGAGUCCUCACAGCUUCAUCACAGUCCAAACAUCCAGCAGCCCCCUCACAUUAAAGAGGAAGAGGAGGAUCCACAGCCCCCCCACAUGAAAGAGGAAGAGGAGGAAGUGUGGAUCAGUCAAGAGGGAGAGUGUCCUGUAGGGCAGGAGGAGGCUGAUGUCAGCAAGUUUCCACUGACUGUUGUCUCUGUGAAGACUGAAGAGCAUGAAGACAAACCACCUGAGUCCUCACAGCUUCAUCACAGUCCAAACGUCCAGCAGGUGUCAGCAGAGAGUCAUGAAGAGAUUCCCUCCAAGCAGCAGGAGUGGAGCUCCAGUGUGGGACAGAAGAAGCUCGAGCCCACUCAUAUAGAGGAAGAAGAGGAACUGUGGGAGCAGCUUCCAAGGUUGGAGGAGGUUAAUGACGAAGAUGAUAUAAAGUCAGAACCAGACAGCAUCUUUGCUCCACUGUCAGACAUGGACCACAUGAUGUCAGACUCUUCUGAUCACAGUGACCACAUCCAAAAACCUUUAAAAAGUAAAAAUGACUCUGAAGGUGAUACGAGACAUCAAAAUAACAACAAACACUUUGACUGCUCUGAAUGUGAAAAAUCUUUUAGACAUAAGAGUAAUUUUACAGUACACAUGAGAACACAUACUGGAGAGAAACCUUAUACUUGCCCUGUUUGUAAGAAGAGUUUCUCCAGAAAGCAAUACAUGACCACACACAUGACAAUACAUACUGGAGAGAAACCUUUUACUUGCUCUGUUUGUAAGAAGAGUUUCCCCAGAAAGAAUGACAUGACCACACACAUGAGAACACAUACUGGAGAGAAACCUUUUGCUUGCUCAAUUUGUGCUAAAAGAUUCAACGCUAAGAGUAUCAUGACAUUACACAUGAAAAUACACACAGGUGAGAAACCUUUCACUUGCUCUGUCUGUAAGAAGAGCUUCAUCAGAAAGCAUCACAUGACCACACACAUGAGAACACACACUGGAGAGAAACCUUUUACUUGCUCUGUCUGUAAGAAGAGUUUCUCCAUGAAGCCUGACAUGACCACACACAUGAGAAUACAUACUGGAGAAAAACCUUUUACUUGCUCUGUAAGAAGAGUUUCUCCACAAAGCGUAACAUGACCACACACAUGAGAACACACACUGGAGAGAAACCUUUUAUUUGCUCUGUUUGUAAGAAGAGUUUCUCCAGAUGGCAACACAUGACCACACACAUGAGGACACACACUGGUGAGAAACCUUUUCCUUGCUCUGUUUGUAAGAA